CAAAGCAAGUUUGGUCCAUGAGAAAGCCUAUGACGACCCAAUAGACUUCUAUGGACAGAUCUACCCUUCUAUACGGGAGCCUGGCGGUGCUCGCCGUCACAUUUGUUACCUGCUACGUGGCGCUCCUCAUCCUCUCGCCCGCGCCACGUAAAUCCCGUCCCUCAGAGAAGACAUAUCGCUCUGCGAAGUCACCCAAAGAUUCUCAACCCCUCAAUUCCAUCACGGACUCCGCGAGCGUCGACCUGACCGUCGUCGUCCCCGCGUACAACGAGACUGAGCGCAUGCCGGGCAUGCUCCAGGCUGCCAUCAACCACCUGUCGAAACCCGCGCUCCGGAACCGGACGUACGAGCUCGUCAUCGUCGAUGAUGGGAGCUCCGACGGGACGGCGGACCUCGCACUCAAGUUUGCGCUCGGCUGUCCGAAGAGCGAUAUUCGCGUCGUGCGGCUGGAGGAGAACGCAGGCAAGGGUGGCGCGGUGCGACACGGAAUGUUGCAUGGGCGAGGCCGCCGGCUGCUGUUUGUGGACGCAGACGGAGCGAGCCGGUUCGAAGACUUGGAGCUGUUGUGGAAGGAGAUGGACCGGAUAGCGCCGAACGAGGAGGCUGCUGUAGCGGUGGGGAGUCGUGCUCACUUAGUGAAGACUGAGGCGGUGGUGAAGCGCUCUGUUCUGCGAAACAUUCUCAUGUAUGGGCUGCACACGAUCCUGCGCAUCGUUGGCGUCGGCCACAUCCGCGACACACAAUGCGGCUUUAAGCUGUUCUCGCGAGCCGCAGCGCAGCGCAUCUUCCCGUACCAGCACCUCACCACAUGGAUCUUCGACGUCGAGCUACUUCUGCUCGCGAAGCAGCUACGCAUGUCGGUCGUGGAGGUGCCGAUCGAGUGGCACGAGGUAUCUGGGAGCAAGUUGAAUGUGGUGACGGACUCGCUGCAGAUGCUGAGGGAUUUGCUUGUGCUGAGAGCGAACCACCUGCUAGGGCGGUGGAAAGUUGCGCCUGCUGCUUUGCGUACAGGUACUGUAGAGGACAAUGGGCAGAAGCAGUGAUACAUUCACAUGGCCUCCAGGAUGCAUCGUUUGCGGG